ACCAAGAAGAAGAAGAAGAAGAAACAGAAACCCGAGACCGUAACACUGCACUUUGUACUGAGUUUGCUAAGGCAAUAAAAUCUCGUAACAGUAGGUGAGGUUAAAGCUGAGGACAUUUAUACUGAGAGUUAAAUGAAAUUAUCUUCUACUUCUGAAGUAGUAUUUAUGUAUCUUAUUUUUCUAUUUCUAACUAUAGACUAUGUUAAAAGAAAUGAGGGAGCUUUGUAUGGUAUUUAGCAGCUACUGUGUAAACAAAGUGAUUUAGGCAGUGAUACAUUUAUUCCCUUUAAACAGAGUAAAUCUAAUCUGCACAAUGUAGUCUUAUUCCAGCUAGGUCUUGUUUGUUCUGAAGAGCAGUACAGUAGCAGUAGUAGGUUUGCUUUGAACUGAAACGCAUAAUGAAACGAAAUAAACCAUCAGUGGAGACGUUUGGAAAGAGACCGAAAGGAGAAGAACAAGAGCAAGGAGAAGGAAAACAUGGCAGCAAACUUAGAGUUUUGCUGUAUGGAGCAAAGCUGUCUGGGAAAAGCUCUGUGAUUAACACUGUGUUUGGAAAAGAUCUGCUUCCGACAAACAGAAGGACAGUUUAUUGUAAGACAUUUCAGGGGAAUGUGCAUGGAAGAGAGCUGAUGCUGGUUGACACUCCUGGCUGGUGGAAAGAUUUCCCACUUAGUGACACUGCAACCUUUCUUAAAAAGGAGCUUGUGUAUGGAGUUUCUUUAUGCAAACCUGGACCCCAUGCAAUCCUUCUUGUCAUAGAGGUUGGCCUUCCAUUUAAUGAGAGACACAGAAAAUCUAUGGAGGAACACCUUAGCCUUCUUGGUGACAAAAUCUGGGCACACGUCCUUGUGUUAUUCACCAAAGGUCACUCCACAGGUGCCAAAACUAAAGAAGUAGAGGAAUAUAUAAAAACUGGAGGAGAAGCCCUACAAUGGGUGACAGAAAAAUGUGGGCACAGAUGUCAUUUCUUUGAUAAUACAGUCCCAAAUGAUGUCUCACAAGUCUGCUCAUUACUGGACAAGAUUGAGGUUAUAAUCCAAACAAACAACACAGCUUGUUUCAAAAUUGAUCCAAAAAUAUUGCAGGAGUCAGAGGAGUGGAGGAAGAAUGUGAUGAGAAGAGCAAGAGACAGGGAGAUAGGCAUUAAAGAACAACAAAAAAAUUACGAGCUGAGAAUUAUGCUGGUGGGUUGGGUGAUGUCUGGAAAGAGUGCAUCUGGGAACACUAUGCUGAACAAAGAUGAGUUUGCUGUUACUGGCAAAAGCACUGCUAAAUGUCAAAUAGGACAUGGAGAAGUUUCUGGAAGGCCAGUAACUGUGAUUGAUACACCGAGUUGGUGGAAGUUCUUUCCAUCUCAAUACACCCCAGAAUGGAUCAAGUCUGAAAUUCUGGACAGUGCAUUUCAGAAGCAUAACUCCCCACACUCCAUACUUCUAGUUAUUCCAGCAGACACGUCUUUCAAAGAAGAACAGAGAAAAGUCAUUGAGGAAAACAUGAAGAUUCUGGGAGAACAAGUGUGGAGACACACCAUAAUACUGUUCACAUGGGGUGACAUGCUUGGAGACAUGACCAUAGAACAGCACUUUGAGAGUGAAGGUAAGGACCUACAGGUACUGGUUGAGAAAUGCGGGAACAGAUAUCACGUCUUUGACAAUGAAAAGAGAGAGAACCUUGCUCAGGUCACAGAACUGCUUCAGAAGAUUGAUGAGAUGAUGUCCAGGAAUUUCACCUUAUUUUACAGAGAACUUGAAGACAGAGAUGGAGAGAUGGACACACAGUCCACAAAAGUCAGUGAUGAUGAAAGAAAUGUGAAAGAGGUUGUCUUAUUAAUAGAUGAAGAAUGGAAAAGAAGGGAAAAAGAAUUUCUGGAAAAGGUUUUGCAGUUAAACAAGGAUUACUGGAGAGGUGCACGUUUCAGAGGAGAUAGGAGCAUUGAGUUACCAGCCAAUUUUAGCAAGACACAUCCAGCCACUGACAUUAAAGCUACAAAUGAGACUCAAGGCAAUACAUCUCACAGGGAGACGGAGUCUCACAGGCAUGGUGAACUUCAAGGAAAAGAGAAACACAGUUUGAAACUCAAGGAUCAAGUUAAAGAGAUGCUUGAUCGAGAAUGGAGCAGGCGAGAGGAGACACUGCUGGGAACACUUCAGGAAAUGUUAAAGAAUCACAUAUCUGAAACAUGUUCCAUUCCAGACCAGGAUGAGAUAGAAUGUUCCAGGCAGAAGGUGUUGAAGUGGCUUGAUGUCUCAACACCAACAUCUGGAUGUGCAUCAGCUUCAAAAAGCUCUAUUUAAAUGGACAUAUCUACUGUCCCUAAGAGCCUUUAGAAGAAGAAGAGCCUUUGAUACUUUAAUGGAAAGAUGGAUCUGAAAAUUGGAAAAAAUGUUGUACAGGAGAGUCAGACAUUACAGUUACGUGGAAACACUUUUUGUAUGCACAAACCCAGAUUUGAUAUUUAAAAUACUGAGUCUCAUCUCAUGGCAUUUGCCACACCUAUGUACAUGGCCUGUUCUGCCCUUCAGCAUAAACAGUUGGUGUGACCAACUGUAACACAUCAUGGAAUGAGAUGUUUUAGAGCUGGCACAAUAUGUGAACAAAACUUACUGUUUCUUCAGAAGUCUCAGCAUCAGAAGAUUCACAUUCUCAAUUUAUACCAAACGAUACAUUUUCUAGAAACUGGUGUAAUCUGCAGUAGCAUUUUUGAAUAUAUUCUGACCUUUUCUAACAUAUCUUAGAAUAUUCGUUCAGUUAAACAAGGCACAAAAAAACAUUCAGUUUUCCAUAUAAGACUUUUAUUUGAUUUUUGAACAAUAUCCGUCAUGGUGGGAGAAUGCUAGAGGAUACAUAAGAUCUAACACCAGCACAUUUUGUAGAUUAUAUACUCCACAAGCAAGGAAUUCCUUUGUCCCAAGUCACUGAGAACCAAUUAAAAUAAGCUUUCGAACUGACUGAAAUGUCCUCUCAGUUUGCGAAGGGAGACAAAAUGACAAGGCUGAAAAAUAGUUACGUUUGUAUAACAAGCCUUAUUGCAAAAUUUUGAUUUUUUGCUCAGAUCUUUGAUUGUUCAAGGUAGUCAUAUAGUAAUGUGGCAACAAGGUUGUAACUGUAUGCUUUGCCAGUGCUGUGCCAUAAUCAUAUUACUGAAUCCAGCUGUAAAAAAACAUUAUUACUGUUUCUGGACACAGAACAUAACAGAAUUAGUAGAUACAACUGUUCAUAUAAUUAUUCUGUCCUUUAUUAAAUAUCUGUAUUACAUUUUUGUAGCUAAGAAAUGCUAAAGAUGACUUAUAGAAAUAAAUCUAUCUUCUUCCUA